CCAACCGCACAGAAAUUCGAUUUCAUUUUAUUUUCAUCUUUUGCAAUGAUAAAGAAGACGAUAAAAGUACUUGGGUUAUGCUUGUUUAAGGGUUGCGGUCCGGAUCUGUUGCAUUCGAGAGCGUUUCGUUCUGUGCAGGUAGCCUGCCGCACUCAAGCGUCGACGGUGAUUGCGGCUUUUGAAGGGAUACAGGUAGGUUAUUGCGCUGGUCGUAUGCGUUUUCAACAAUGGGAUUGCUCGAAUGUCGGCCACAUAAUGCACGAUCCGCCAAUUCUGAAAUACGGAUAUCGUGAAUCGGCAUUGAUCUGGGCUUUAUCGUCCGCUGGUGCGGCUUGGGGUGUGGCGACUGCUUGUGCUCAGGGAUGGAUUGAAGACUGUUCUUGCGGUAAACGAAAUGUCUUUCGUUUUAUCCAAAGCUGUUCCUAUAGCGUACAGCACGGAAUUACGGCCAGUCGUAAGCUCCUCACUAGAACACCAAUAGUUCGUUCACCGCUGAGAACUGUUGAAAAACACAAUCUGAAAGCGGGACGCCUGGCUGUCAAAAAGACUCUAAUAGCGUCAUGUAAAUGUCACGGAGUGUCCGGUUCAUGUCAACAGAAAACGUGUUGGAAAAAAACGGCCACUCUGGACCACAUCACUGAUUACCUUGUUGAUAAAUAUGCACGUUCACGAAUGCUCACAGGAGAUCAGAAGCCAAAAAACUCCGAUCUAGUAUUUAUCGAACCAUCACCGGAUCCGUGUCAACAACAGACUAUAUCCGGUAGAGUCUGUGCAUGGCGUAAUGAGACUCACACCCAAGGCGAUUGUGGACGCAUUUGUUGUGGAAAAGGUUUUCAGAUCAGCCAUGAAGUGAUUCAGUACAAGUGCGAUUGUAAGUUUGUCUGGUGUUGUAAACUGAUUUGCAAGGAUUGUCUGCAACAUCGAUGGGUGUCGACGUGUAACUGA